CCUAAAAAAGGGACGAGUAUGAGUAUACCUAAAUACCCGUUUCUCAUUGUCCACCCCUACAGACAUAUGCUUCAUCCUCAUAGGUCCAGUUACGAGGGUCUCCGCAUGUGAAAGACACUGGAAGGAUGUAAAGAAAAGAUGUGGGAAUUAUCGCCAACGACGAAGAGAGCGUUGAUCGACGAUGUGUGUGUUGCGGUGAAAGAAGUUUUUCAUCUUUUCACUUCGUCGCGAACACUGAAACUUUAAAUAAAAUGUCUCUUUAUUUUUAAUUAUUUGUAAAUAUAACUCCACCUAAUUGCCACAUCUAUCACUUUUAAACCCAAUCAACUAACACAUAACUGGUCAACACUAACAAAAAAAAAUGUUCGUACUAGAAUUUUUAUAUUGAAUAAUUUAAAAUAAAAAUUAAUUUUUUUUUAAAUAAUUCAGACUUUGUGGUGGUAUUAACUAGCCCUCACAUAUCCAUUUAUUUCCAGUUCAAAGAUUAGUUAAAAAAUCAGCGGACGGUGGAUGGAUUACUGGUAAUGAAUUUGAUCCAGGUGGACCUUUAAAUCCAAUUUCAUGAUAUCCAAUAGUGAAAGAAGAUUGAUCUUUUAACGAGCUUCACAAUAGUUGGUAUCCAGAUAAUCAUUUUGGUUUGAAUUUAAGAAUCCAUCACAUAACUCGUUUUUUUGACUAAACCAGGGAGUUGACCUUCACUCGGGCGAGACACGUGUGCAAAGCAAGAGAUCUUUGAAGAAGGAAGGAAGAAAGGAAAUUCAGUGGAGCACACCUUACAGCACAUACACAUCAUCAUAUCCUAUCAUUACCCUCCCUCGCCCUCGUGUACUCAUUUCAUUUGGAUACAAACAAACCAAACUAAUAACAGGCAACCGGACUAUCUCAGAUACCCAAAAGCGCAAAACCAAACAAAGAAUUCAAAAAUAAAAACGAAAAACAACAAAUCCCUAAUUUUAUUUAAAUAAUAAAUAAUAAUAAUUAAUCGAAGAGAAAAGAAAGGUGAACUAAAACACUCUCCUCUCCUCCCGAGAGCCAAAGCCUUGAACAACAAACAAACAUCUCCCACCCUUUUCAGCUGCUUCUUCUCCUUCCUCUCUCUCUCCCUCAGAUUAGAUCCGAUUCUUCUGCAACAAAAUCCCAAUUUCUCUCUGUUUCCUCCCUGCAAAUUCGACCAAUUCCGCAAUCUUUCGCGAAGCGACAUUUUUUUUUUGGGGCCUACUCUGCAUCUGGUUCUGUUAAUCUUUUGUUUAUUCUGAUUUGGGGGGCCGCAAUGGAGAAGAAGGUGGUGGUGACGGUGGUGUGCGUGGCUGCGGUGGCCGGCGCCGUCGCAGCCGGCGUGGUGCUGCGCAAGAAGAUGAAGAAGGACGGAAAGUGGGGGCGGGCCAUGGAGAUUGUCAAGGAGCUGGAGGAGAAAUGCGGGACCCCAACUGCCAAGCUCAAGCAGGUCGCCGACGCCAUGGUCGUUGAGAUGCAUGCCGGUCUUGCAUCUGAAGGUGGAAGCAAGCUCAAGAUGCUCAUCAGCUACGUCGACAAUUUGCCCACCGGUCAUGAGACUGGGCUGUACUAUGCUUUGGAUCUUGGUGGGACGAAUUUUCGUGUGCUGCGGGUGCAUUUAGGAGGCCAAAAUGGUGGACUUGUUAACCAAGAGUUUGCUGAGGUGCCAAUCCCUCCUGAAUUGAUGACUGGGGCGGCAGAUGCGCUCUUCGACUAUAUUGCAGCAGAGCUAGCAAAAUUUGUUGCUCAAGAAGGUCAAGAGCACGAGCUUCCACCGGGGAGAAAGAGAGAGUUGGGGUUCACCUUCUCAUUCCCUGUCAAUCAAACUUCCAUUGCUUCUGGGACUCUGGUUCGGUGGACAAAGGGCUUUUCCAUUGAUGAAUUGGUUGGUCAAGAUGUUGUGACAGAAUUGACCAGAGCCAUGAAGAGGCAGAACCUGGAAAUGCAUGUCUCUGCUCUGGUGAAUGAUACUGUUGGAACUCUAGCUGGAGGUAGAUACACCAACAAGGAUGUUGCUGCUGCUGUUAUCUUGGGCACAGGAACUAAUGCUGCUUAUGUCGAGCGAGCACAAGCUAUACCGAAAUGGCAUGGUGCUCUACCUAAAUCGGGAGAAAUGGUUAUCAAUAUGGAGUGGGGCAAUUUUAAGUCAUCCCAUCUUCCUUUAACCGAGUUUGAUAAUGCACUCGAUAUGGACAGCUUGAACCCCGGUGAACAGAUUUUUGAGAAGGUAAUUUCCGGUAUGUAUUUGGGGGAAAUUGUACGCCGUGUCCUCUUAAAGAUGGCUGAAGAAGCUUCCUUUUUUGGUGAAACUGUGCCAUCUAAACUCCAAGUUCCUUUUAUACUUAGGACGCCUGAUAUGUCAGCAAUGCACCAUGCCACAUCCUCAGAUCUAAAAGUCGUAGCGAGUAAAUUGAAAGAUAUUCUAGAGAUACCGAGCACGUCUCUGAAAACGAGGAAGGUGAUUGUUGAAGUGUGCAACAUCAUCGCCACUCGUGGUGCCCGCCUCGCCGCUGCUGGGGUCAUAGCUAUCCUGAGGAAGAUGGGAAAGGACGUGGCCAAAGAAGGCGAACUGCUGCAGAAAACUGUGAUCGCCAUGGAUGGUGGGUUGUACGAGCACUACAACGAGUACAGCAAGUGCAUGGAGAACACACUCACGGAGUUGCUUGGGGAGGAAGUUUCCAAGGCUGUGGAGGUCGUUCAUGCCAACGAUGGUUCGGGGAUCGGUGCCGCACUUCUUGCUGCCUCACAUUCGCAGUACCUUUGAGUGCGCGGCAUGACCAAUUUUCCGUCGUCAGUUUGCUUCCUCUCCUUCUUUCCUGCAGAAGCGUCUCAUUAUUUCGACCUUUGGAAUGUGUCGAAGUGUCCUUUCUAUUUUUUCAUUUACCUUUUACUUGGUUGGUCUUAGGAGAUUGGUUAUACUGUGAAUAUUUUUUACAGCGAAGCCUAGGGGAAUUUGAAGGUAGCUGGGAAGCGGUCAAUUCUUCCGCUUUUCAUGCGGCUGAUGCUGCAUUAUUACCCUCUGGUAAUAAUUCCUGCUUUGAUUUGAAUUCGCCAAUUUGCUUUGGUGAGAAUAAUAAUAAAGAAAUACAGAGAGGCUUAAGUUGGAAUAAUAAUAUUUGAUUUUGCCAAAUUACCUUGUAUUUAUUUUGGCUUAUGCCUCAUCUUCAUCUAUUGGACCUUUUUACUUUCUACACCCUCAUCCCUCGGCCCGUAGCAGCUUACUAGGAAGCCCAGCCUGGCAUGCUGGGCCUUGGACUUGGGUUGUGCAAGGCCUCCCUAAUCAACUUCUGGCCUGAUACUGCUUAUUUCAAAACACCCUUGAACUGAAGUAUAAAACAAGUAAAAAGAGUAUUGACGUAAAAGUGUUUCCGUGUUUCCGUGAACUAUAAGGCGCAAUUUUAUAAGGUUUAACUACAUUAGUUAGAAAAAAGUUUGAUUUUACGUAGAAGCGUUUUGUACCUAAAAGGUUAAAAGCUUAACCGUGUUUUUAUUAUAUUACUUAUAAACGUUACCUUGAAUGAGAUAAGGUGCAAAUUGACUAUGAGCAUCCACACAAUUUUUCAUUUUAAAUUGAAAAAUGACAUAAUAUGAGUUUUUGUAAUUGUAAAACUUGUUUUGUAAUACGAGUUUUUGUCGGCUUCAUACCUUACUGGCCUGUCGGCAAGUCAGUUUAAUCAGCUUAUUAGCAAGUCCAUCUCAUUGGCUUAGUACCUUGAUUGACAAGUUUCCACACCCAAGUUCUAUACUUAGUCUUGAAAAGGUAGUUGUCUCAUAACACCUUCUCACCAGUCGGCUUGGUACCCUGUCAACUUGUCACCAAGUUCGUCUUGUUGGAUUGAUCUUCGUACUUCGUUUUUCGAGUCUCAUUAAAUUUGUACCUUCAUUACCUUGUCUCCUUGCUGGCAAGCCCGUCUCAUCAGCUUACCUCAUUGGGUCCCAUACUUAGUUUUUAGAUGUUUGGUUUCAUUCAUGUUGUCGGCCUUGUAAACUUGUUGAUAGGUUUAUCUCUUCUAGUUGGUACUUGGAUGGCUUGCUAUCAAAUUGUGUCACCAUCUUGAUACCCCAUCCCCUUCCUAACCAGGAUGGCAAUUUGAACCCUUCCUAUCAGUUAUUAUUCAACUAUAUCCGCGACGGGAUGAGUAUUGUCUAACAAGUAGUAUUGUGGGGUUUAGGCAUGGGUAUCUACUUUCGGCCCGUCCUGCCAUGUUCUUGGCCCAUUUUAUUCAAUUUAUUUUUACAAUAUCUAUUUUUGUUUCUUUUAUUUUGACUUUUUAUUCAAAGACUUGAUCUUUCAACUAGUUAGACUCAGUUAACCAUUCUAUUAUCACUAUUUUUCAUUCAUAAAGUGUUUUCCCUUCGUUUUAUCGUAAAAAGUAAAAGUUUAGUAUAUUUUUCAAAUAACAUGUAAGAAUGGGUCGACCGUCUUGUCCCGUACCUACACGGGUAUUAUCUAAUCCGACCAGCGCUUGGUGCCACUCCACUCCACCCCAUUGCGAUCACUAUUCUUGGCUUGGUACCCUUUCAUGUGUCCACCAAGCACAUCCUGCCAACUUGGUACCACGUAAAAGUGUGACCUAUAAGCAUAAAAGCGCAAUUUUAUAAGGUUUAAAGUGCGAUUUUGACUACAUUACUUAGAAAAAAGUUUGAUUUUACGUAGAAGCAUUUUGUACCUAAAAGCUUAAAAGCUUAAGCGUGUUUUUAUUAUAUUACUUAUAAACGUUACCUUGAAUG